AUGUCCGAGCAUAGUGGGUAUGUUGGGGACGGCAUAACCGAGCUAGAUUCUGGUAACGGCUUGAGUCAACUGUUUGGGCCAGUGAAAAAAAGCCGUUCUGCCCAUUACAAUGACGAUAUCAGGCUGUGCAUAAUCGAAGAGGUCUACAAACAGCCUAUAUUAUGGGACCCGGGGAAUACGGAGCGCAUCACGAUGCUACAAAGAAGACGUGCCUACAGUGAGAUUGCUUUUAAGAUCGGAAAUCAGGAAAACGGAUUGAAGGCGGCUGAUGUGGAACGACAAUGGAAGAACUUAAAGGUAGGGUUUGAGCGUUAAAUACAAGUCGUUUAGGAUACGUACAUCAAACUGAAGAAGAAGGUGACCACUGAUGAGCAGGGAAAUCUCCUGAUUCCCAAAUGGAAGUUCUUCCGAUGUCUAGCCUUCAUCGACAACGAAGAUCUGGAGUGUUUUAAUAUUAUGGAGGAGAUUGCUUUCGCGCGGAAAGAGCAUGGCAUUGAAGCCAAAAACCAAGAAAACUGCAAGUCGAAUAUAUCAGACAAUAGUAACAGAUUACUCGAGUUAUCAGUAGAACCAAUAGAACGGCCCAAAAAGCGAAUGAAAUUAGAGAAAGUUGUAGUUAAACCAUCUACAUCUACUGUCCCCCGACCCACCACAUCAACACCUGAAGUUAAAAAUAAAGUUCCUCCUGUUAUGACUCCAAGUUCAUCCAAGAUAGAAAGGGAUGAUGGUUUGAUGGAUGAAUAUACAGCAUUUUGUAAGUACCAGACUAAUUAACAUAGGUACUUUUUAGUAAAAUUGAGUCGUUUUCAAAGAAAAAUGGUUUAAAAUAAAAAGUACGCUAAUAAUAUAAAAAUAGAGUAAUAAAAUAUCUUUAGGCAACUCCUUAAUACACCCCUUAAAAGAAAUAGGCGACUACAGUAAGCUAGAGUACUACAAGUUCCAAAAAAUGGUUCGCGAUGCCUUGUUUGACGUUCAAAUGAAAAUACAUACCUCAAGAAUAUCGUGA